AUGAAGCUUGCCCUGAAAGGAUCCAGUUACAAUGGGCUUCUGGAGAGACACAAUAUACACACCUUCAAUGUUGGACAGAUUGUGGACAGCCUACAGAAAAAAGGGAUUGAGGUGCGCAUUGUCAAAAGAGGCGAGUAUGAUGAGGACACAGUACGAUGGGCCGAUGCCAUCAUCUCUGCUGGAGGUGAUGGCACCAUGCUACUAGUUGCCAGUAAAGUGUAUGAUAAGAACAAACCUGUAUUGGGGGUCAAUACAGACCCAGAAAGGUCAGAGGGUCACCUGUGUUUACCUGUGCACUAUACACAGGCCUUUUCGGAGGCCUUACAGAAACUCAGGAAGGGUGAGUUCAGGUGGCAGUGGCGUCAGCGCAUCCGUAUGUACUUGGAGGGCACCGGGAUCAACCCGACUCCAGUGGACCUGCAUGAGCUGCAGCUGAGCCUCGAGCAGCACAGCAAGGCGCACCGCGUCACUACAGACACUCAGAGCAGUACGACACCCAACAGUCCUGAAAGGCCUCACCUACUGCCUGUCCGAGGGCUCAAUGAGAUCUUCAUUGGGGAGUCUCUGUCCUCCAGGGCUUCAUACUACGAAAUCUCCAUCGACGACGGGCCGUGGGAGAAGCAGAAGAGCUCAGGGCUUAGCAUUUGCACUGGAACCGGAUCUAAAGCCUGGUCCUACAAUAUUAAUAAGCUUGUCGAGCAGGCCGUGGAGGAUGUACUUAGAAUAGGUAAAUUAAAAACAGGUUUGGAUGUUCCUCUAAAUCGGGAGUUCAUUGAGAGUGGUGAGUUCAAAAUACAAUAUCUUUUUUUUAAUUUUUUUUUACAAGUAUUAAUAAUCAGCUCAUUAGUAUUUACAAAUGGCUUUUUUGUUCUUGAUUGA